UAUAAUCUGGUCACUCUGAUUUUGAUCACGAGAUCAACUGGUUCGUAAACAGUCAGGUGACAAAAAAAGUGCUCGCAGAUAAUUCCAUUUCAUCAUCAUUCCGCUCGAAAUAUUCGUCUUCCAAAACUUCCAGCCGUCGGUACACUCCCCAAAGAUGGCCAAGUUAGGGGUAACUGUGACCCUGUUUCUGGCAUUGGCCGUUUUUGGCAGUGCCCGUGCUGCUAAUGUUCCAGUUUUCGUCUGGGGCAAACCAUCUGUUACGUACGUUCCGGCACUGAGUCUUUAUUCGAGCUCCGAGUUUGGCGCCUUGGUUGAGGCACAGAUUGACGAAAAGACUUUCACCAUCGUGUUUGCAGAAGACCGACUGUCGGCGGAAGAUCUCAGCCAGUGCAAGCUGAAGACGCAAACUUGCUUCAAGAAUUUGCAGAAGCUGGAGCGUAAGUCGUACCUCCCGAGUGUAGAGGAACCAUUGAGCGUGCUGGAAGGUUCGAACGCCCAAAGCGUCCAGCUCAGGCCCGAUGGAACGCUCAGCGAACGGAUCGUCCCACAGGCGGGCGGAAUCGUGGUGGUGAAUCUGUCAGGUGAUGACUUUGCGUCACAUGAUGCUCUCAUCGAUGCUCUUUAUGCACGCCUCCAAAAGGAGCAUCCCAACAUUGUGGCCAUCUACACCGGCAAAACGCCCUCCUUCAGCUAUUCCAGCUUGGUGCGCAAGACCCGUCAGGCCGGGCAAGAGCCGGAACCAGCUAAGGUGGAGCUGAAGACCGAUGGAUUCCUGAUGGUGUACGAAAAGUUCAUGUUCGGCCAGGCCGAUGCUGCCGAGCUCACCGUUGCCCAGCUGGGGGAGGCCACGAAGGUCGAAAAUGCCACCACGGACGUUGUACAGAUUCGACUGACUGGCGCCGGAGCACAGGUUGAUCUGUUUUUCCUGCUGACCCAAGGCUCGUGGGAGAUUACGGGAGUGUGGUUCGACAAUCAGGAGUACUAUCUGCGCCAUCGGGUGCACGUUAAUCAACACUUCUCGUACAGCUGCAAUCAGUGGGAAUACUAUUCUUACGAUUUGCAGAAGAAGAUCGUCUUCGAGGAAGUGCAGCUGCAACCGUUCUGGCCGGGCGCUGAUGGUGUAGCACCACCAAACAAUCGGUUCGGAGAUGCGUGGUACUGCGUCGGAUUUACCACCGGUGGCAUCCUGUCCGGACUGUUCUUGGUGCUUAUCUUCAUCAUCAUCGGCUCGUACGGCAUUGCCUGGAUGAUGGAUAUCCGCACAAUGGACCGCUUCGACGAUCCGAAGGGCAAAACGAUUACGGUGAAUGCGGCCGAGUAAAGCAGCUACUGCUUCCCCGCUCAUAACUGCGAACGAUUCGAGGCGAAGUUUCGCUAGUAGUACUUCCGUUGAGCGAUGGCCACUGUCCUUGUUUACGGUUUGGAAUUGGAAUGAGAGAGAAGACAAUUUAAAUACAUUUGGCCAUUCCUGUUAGAGCACAUAAA